GUGCGUGCGUUUCAGUGUGCAUCAGCAGAGCCAGAGAGGAAGAAGAGAGGCCGAGUCCUGUCCGACUCCGAGACACAAGUACAAUGGCAAAGGUUGCUUUUGAAGUUGAUGAUGUUAGGAUCCCUGUAAUCGAUCUUGACGACUUUCCAGCCCAGUUGGACAAGUUGAUUCGGGCUUGCGUGGAAUGGGGAUGUUUCAGGAUCCUCAACCACAAGAUUCCGGCCACCUUACUGUCUGACAUGAAGUUGGUGGUCAGAUCUCUGUUCGACCUUCCCAAGGAAAUCAAACGCCGCAACGGUGACGCCAUCGACGGCAGCGGAUACCGGGCUCCUUCCGAGGACAACCCUCUUUACGAAGCUUUUGGUUUAUACGACAUAGCCUCCAGUGAAGCCGUCGAUGCCUUCUGUACUCAAUUAGGCACCCCUCCACAGAAAAGGGAGAUAAUCAAGUGUUAUUCAAAUGCAAUAUACGAGCUAGCCAUGGACAUAGGGCGCAAGGUGGCAGAGGGAAGUGGUGUAAGGUGUGAUCCGAUCAAAGGGUGGGCAUGCCAAUUUAGGAUAAACAGAUACAACUUCACUCAGGAAACCGUGGGCUCGUCUGGGGUGUGCAUGCACACAGAUUCCGGAUUCCUUACCAUUCUACAGGAAGAUGAAUGCAUUGGAGGCCUAGAAGUAAUGGACAAAUCAGGUGCCUUUGUAGCCGUCGAUCCCUUGCCAGGUUCUCUCCUCGUCAAUCUCGGGGACAUCGCUACGGCGUGGAGCAAUGGCAGAUUCCACAAUGUGAAGCACCGGGUACAAUGCAAGGAAGCAGCGAUACGUAUCUCGAUUGCUAUGUUUGUGUUGGGACCCAAGGAUGAGGCAGUGGAGGCCCCACAGGAAUUCGUGGACCCCCAACAUCCUCGCCUAUACGCCCCUUUCACCUACCUACAUUAUCGGAAGCUCCGUUUAUCUACUGGACUGCGAGCUGGAGAAGCUCUACAACUUGUACACCAAAUUGCCAGUACAACCAGCUGAGCCCAGCCCAUGUUUGUAGUCAAGGAAGUGAGAGUCAUAGAGCAGAGAGCUAGCUAGCUGCUGCACCUGCUGCUUACUACCUGCAUACCAUAGUUAAUGACUAAUGGAUCUAGGUGGUCCGGUAACCGGUAGUGGCACCCAUUUACCAUAAAUAGUAGUUUUAAUUAAUGUUAAUUUAAAUAAGCAAUAAGCAAUAUAUAAAUUCCAAUCACUUGCCCCUUAAUUUGUAAGUGGCAACUACCAUGCAUAAUGACUUUUUUAUAUAUGCAACCAAGCAGCUAGCUAGUCAUUGUGAAUUUGUGAUUGGGUUCUCAAUAUAAUUUUCAUGCUUUCAGACUGUUGAUACAA